AUGCCAUCAUCCUCCAAACCCCAAGAAUCCUUCAGUGUUGUGGAAUCAUCUAUUUCAACGCUUUGUCGAGCUCUUGAGACCGGCCGAGUAACGUCGGUGGAUCUUGUCACCCAAUAUCUGCACCGAAUCAGUCGGUAUGAUUGCCGGGGACCGUCACUGAACUCGAUUCCCAUCCUCAACCCCCAUGUCUACCACGAAGCGCUGGCGUCAGACAAGCGGCGCGCCGAAGGUCGACUCCUGGGCCCGCUGGAUGGCAUCCCUAUGACGGUCAAAGACAGCUAUAUGGUUCGAGGCAUGACGCUGGCCAGUGGGUCGCCAGCUUUCCAGGACCUGAUGGCCACACAAGACGCCUUUGUCGUAGAGAAAUUGCGACAUCAAGGAGCUGUGCUGCUAGGCAAGACCAAUAUGCCUGCCGUUGCUUAUGGUGGUAUGCAGCGAGGCGUGUACGGACGCGCCGAGAACCCAUACAAUUUGGACUACCUGGCAGCAGCCUUUGCCUCUGGGUCGUCCAACGGAAGUGGUGCAUCGACCGCAGCGUCUCUGGCAGCAUUCGGGAUGGGUUCUGAGACGGUAUCCUCAGGUCGGUCGCCCGCGUCCAACUGUGGUCUCGUGGCAUAUACUCCGUCGCGAGGUAUGAUCUCGGUUCGAGGCGUCCUACCGCUCUAUCCGACAUGUGAUGUCCUGGUGCCUCAUACAAGAUCCAUGGCGGAUUUGUUCCAAGUCUUGGACGUCAUUACCCAAGACGACCCAGUCACAACAGGCGACUUCUGGCGAGAUCAGGGAUUCGUGAAACUGCCCAAGCGCGAUGAAUAUAAACCACAUUCAUUUACGGCAUUGAUGGGAAAGUACUCUUUGAAAGGGCUACGUAUUGCAGUGCCCUCUUGCUACAUUGGUGGCGAGCAGAGAGUCGGACGUCUGGGUCCUAUUCACACGGCAACGGAGACCAUCAAGUUGUGGGACCAGGCCAAAGCCGAUCUCGAAGACCAAGGUGCACAAGUGAUUGUUGUGCCCGGGUUUCCCGUGGUGGAACAGUAUGAGAAUCCUACUGCAUCGACAGUGAUUAAUGGCAUACAAGUGCCCCGCCUCCCAGAUGACUGGAACUACAUUGAACGAGGCGUCACCAUUGCUCGAGGGUGGGAAGAAUUUCUCCAGGUCAACAACGACCCCAAGAUAAAAUCCUUGCGAGACGUCGAUCCAUAUCGCAUCUUUCCCCUGCCACCGCCAGAUCAUCCACAAAUCAAGUAUGCUGAGCCGACCAACAUGAUACGGUGGGGGGACCUGACUAGUUACUUGGGCCAUACGGCUGUUGAUCGCCCAGAAGAUGAGACCACCUCGAUGUACUCCAUAUCGUCUCUGGCAUCGGCCUGUCGGACGUUGGAGGAUUUGCGGAAAGUAGUGUUUGAAGAUUGGCUAGCAGAGAACCGGUUCGAUCUGGUGGUGUUUCCUGCCGCGGGGGACGUAGGGCGCGCAGAUGCCGACGUCGUCGACGCUUCGGCCAAGCAUGCGUGGGAGAACGGAGUCAAAUACUCGAACGGAAAUCGUGCUCUCCGACAUCUUGGGGUCCCCUGUGUGACGGUGCCAAUGGGCUUGUUGGAAGGGAAGGGAGUUCCUAUGGGUUUGACGUUCUGCGGCCCGGCAUACCAGGACGAGAAGUUGCUGGGAUGGGCAGAAGCUUUUGAACGGGCUACCAGACGACGAGUAGCCCCCGGCUUGACUCCCGAGCUGAGUAUUGGUGUUCUACCGAGCUCCUUGGUCGUCGAUCCGGAUCUACCUGUACCCAACCUGACUCUGUCAAGUUGUGAGGUGGUGGACCGAUCAGUUCAGACUAACAAGUUGACGAUCCAGGUCAAAGGGACGAUUGCUGUGUGCUCCAUGUCGCUUCAACCAAAAGUACAGAUAUUUGUUGACACACGGGAGAUUCCAGCCACGGAUGUUACACUCAUCUCUGAAAGCUCAUCGACAGAGACGGCUAUGUUUGAAUUUUCCAGCACCUUUACGACGCCUCAGCCGCCCGAGCAGGAUGAUCGGAACAAAACUGAGGCUCGAGUCGCCAGAGAUCAUGUGAUGCUCGUCAUUCUAGCGCGGGUUUCGAGUGGAGAGGACAAAGGUUCAAAGAUCUCGAGACCAACGGGCUUAUUCAAACUCUUGGAUUGAACUGGUUGUGAGAGAGCAACCAGCUGAAGCCAGAGAUUGGCCUCCUUGGAAGCACUUACAUACGUACUUACACAUAUGUGCAGUAGUACAUCUGGACUGGCUAUUGAUUAGGCAGCUGUGGGAAAUACACGGCAAUGCCUUUGCAUUCUCGGGCCAGGAAGAAGGUGGAUAGCGUACUGUGAUAAAAGAGGGUACAGCCGUGUUGGGUGCAUAGGUAAUCCUGCAAUAUGCCCAUAAAACUGGUCAAAAUCCGAUCUUCUGUAUGGAGGGAGGGUAAAUGUACGCGUACAAAAAUGGAACCUGAGUUGGCAGUAAGCCGUACCCACAAGACCCGUCUGCG